UCGGGACCCGAUUCGAGAAAGUUGGGAAGCUCCUCGAACAGGAGCCAAAAUUCUAUUUGAGGCGAACCAUUCGUCCACACCGGCAAUACUCCAUCUCCAUUGCUGUCCCGAUCCCCGCCGCCGGUGCCCUCGAGACUUGCUUGCUCCCCUCCAGUUUGAAAAUCAUGCCUAAAGUGAAGACGAACAGGGUUAAGUACCCGGAAGGAUGGGAGCUGAUUGAACCAACUCUACUUGAACUUCAGGGAAAGAUGAGAGAAGCUGAGCUUGAUCCACACGAUGGUAAAAGAAAAUGCGAGGCGUUAUGGCCUAUAUUCAAAAUAGCCCAUCAACGGAGCCGAUACAUCUUCGACCUUUACUAUAAGAGGAAGGAAAUUUCGAAGGAAUUAUUUGAGUUCUGCUUGGACCAGGGACAUGCUGAUCGGAAUUUAAUUGCUAAAUGGAAGAAGCCUGGUUAUGAACGGCUCUGCUGCUUAAGGUGCAUGCAACCACGAGACCAUAAUUUCCAAACCACAUGUGUCUGCCGAGUCCCCAAGCAUCUUCGAGAAGAAAAGGUUAUCGAAUGCGUACACUGUGGCUGCGGAGGCUGUGCUAGCGGAGAUUGAGUAACCGGUAACUCCAAACUAUUUAUUAGCUUCCGAAUAGCUGCUUGUUAUGAUUCAUGUCUUUCACUGAACUGAUGAUAUUUGGAGUUGGAAUUAACAUUUGCUAUGAGUAAAAAUGUAAUCUGUCUAUUGUGUUGUUA